UAACGAAACAUUAACACUGCUUUGGAAACAUCAUUACAACAUGGAAAUUAGGGGCUAUUGGAUUUCAGAUAAGUUUAUUACUGACAGUGUUUGUUUGACUUUUAUAAUCAUGAUUAUUGCAUUGCCACACAAAUAAUAAUAUUCACCGUAAUUCAGUUCAUAUAUAUAUAUAUAUCUUAGGGGCGCACCUACUUAACAGUUACAGUGCAAAUACGGUACCAUAGCCACACUGAAAAAUUAUAGAUGAUUAUUUGGUCAGACAUCUUACCUAUUCAUCACAUUUGACUGAAAUUUUGUUUAUCUGUCCAAUAUUUAUCAGGUAAACAAGACAGAAAACCGGUAAUGUGUGUGUGUGUGUGUGUGUGUGCCUGGUUCGCAUGUGUUCAAAUAUUACUAACGCGUCUGUCCAGUGGUGGGAUGUGACACAUUUACAGCUACCCUGAGUAGUAACAACCGGUAGCUGGAGGAACAGUAACUAGAUGUAUGGUGUCCUGCUAUAGCUGAACUUUAGUCACGGUGGCUGACGUUAACUGCCCGUAUGCCACACCUUUUAAAGAUUUUAAUUUUGUUCACUUCAUGGCCAAAGACAAUCCAGCGGUUUUCCUGAUUUUCGAAGCGCCGGUGGAGACUCAGUUGUGGGUUGAAGUGCCGCCCGUCUCCGUGCCACUGUGAACCUGGAAGAGCAACGCCGCCUUGUGACUAGCAUCCAACAUGACAGGGGUUUGUGGUUGUUGCGGGGCUCUCAGGCCUCGGUACAAGAGGCUGGUAGACAACAUCUUCCCAGAAGACCCAGAGGAUGGGCUGGUGAAAGCCAACAUGGAGAAGCUGACAUUCUACGCCCUGUCAGCUCCAGAGAAGCUCGACCGUAUCGGAGCUUACCUGUCCGAGAGAUUGUCAAGAGAUGUGGCCCGACACAGAUACGGGUAUGUGUGCAUAGCCAUGGAGGCCCUGGACCAGCUGCUGAUGGCCUGUCACUGUCAGAGCAUCAACCUGUUUGUGGAGAGCUUUCUGAAGAUGGUGCGCAAGCUGCUAGAGUCAGACAAACCCAGCCUACAGAUCCUAGGAACCAACUCGUUUGUGAAGUUUGCCAACAUAGAAGAGGAUACGCCAUCAUACCACCGUAGUUAUGACUUCUUUGUGUCGCGCUUCAGUGAGAUGUGCCACUCUAGCUACGAGGACCCUGACAUUCGCACCAAGAUCCGCAUGGCAGGUAUCAAGGGCCUGCAGGGUGUGGUGAGGAAGACUGUGAAUGACGAGUUACAGGCCAACAUCUGGGACCCUCAGCACAUGGACAAGAUCGUCCCCUCUCUGCUUUUCAACCUGCAGAGUGGAGAGCGUACAGAGAGCCGCUCCCCCUCGCCGCUGCAGGCGUCGGAGAAGGAGAAGGAAAGCCCGGUGGAGCUGACGGAGCGCUGCUUCAGGGAGCUGCUGGGACGAGCCGCCUAUGGCAACAUCAAGAAUGCCAUUACGCCCGUGCUGAUGCACUUAGAUAACCACUCUCUAUGGGAGGGGAAGACCUUUGCAGUGCGUUGCUUCAAAAUCAUCAUGUACUCCAUCCAGUCCCAGCACUCUCACUUGGUAAUCCAGCAGCUUCUCGGUCACCUGGACGCUAACAGCAAGAACUCGGCCACAGUGCGAGCUGGGAUAGUGGAGGUUCUGCUGGAGGCAGCUGCCAUCGCAGCCAGCGGCUCUGUAGGUGAGCUAUAUGUACACACACACAUACAUACAUACAUACACAAAACGGCACUGGCUGACAUUUUUCAUUUUGGGGUGAACUGGUGUUUUGAUUAUUCACUGUUUGUGUAUGCAGGUCCCACAGUUCUGGAGGUUUUCAACACCCUGCUGCGGCAGCUUCGCCUCAGCGUGGACUACGAGUUGACCGGCUCCUACGACGGCAGCACCAACAUUGGCACCAAGAUCAUCAAAGCUCACGAGGAGAGGCAGCUCCAGGAGGCUGUUAUCAGGACCAUUGGUUCAUUUGCCAACACUCUGCCAACGUACCAGAGGUCAGAGGUCAUGCUCUUUAUUAUGGGCAAGAUCCCUGUGCCUGGGGUUCACCUUGCUCUUCCAUCCACAGGCUCUGGGCAUGAGGGUACCAGGAUGAUUCAGGUUAUGUUACUGAAGUCCUUGGUCCAGGUGACAGCAGGUUUCCAGACCACCAACAUGCUGACGGCACUGCCCAGCUCUUUCCUGGAGCCGUUGCUGUCCUUCUCUCUAACUGAGGAUCCAGAGGUUCGACUGCUGGUGCUCCAGAUCCUUCUCAGUCUCAUCGACCGGCACGACAACAGGCCCAAGUUCACCAACAUUAGCAUCAUCUCUGACAUCUCUGUGCUCAAGCUUAAAGUUGACAAGUGUUCCAGACAGGACAACUUAUUCAUGAAAAAGCACGGCCAGCAGCUGUACCGACACAUCUACUUGGGCUGUAAGGAGCAUAGCAGCGGUCGGCAGCACUACGAGACCCUUUUCGCUCUGUUGGGCCUUCUCAGUGUGGAACUGGCAAAUGAAGAGGUAGUGGUGGACCUCAUUCGCCUGGCACUGGCAUUGCAGGACCUGGCUCUGUCCACCGACGAGGCUCUGCCCAUUUUUAACCGCUGUGCUGUUCAUGCCCUCGCCGCCGCCUACCUCAACCUCAUCUGUCAGCUUACCACCGUCCCAGCCUUCUGCCAGCACAUACACGAGGUAAUUGAGGUCAGACAGAAAGAAAGCCCCUACCUUUUGCCUGAGGAUGUCUUCAUUGAUAAUCCUAAGCUGCCUUCCUCACUGGAGAAGGUAGAAGGGGACGUGUUGUUCCUCCAGUCAAAGAUCACUGAGGUCCUUGGAGGUAGUGGUUACAACACAGACAGACUGGCUACGCCUUAUGUCCCACAGUAUACAGAUGAGGACCGUCUGUCCAAGAGAAAGAGCAUCGGCGAAACCAUCUCGCUCCAGGUGGAGGUGGAGUCCCGAAACAGUCCAGAGAAAGAAGAGAGGACACCAGCGGAGGAGAUCACAUUUGAAACCCUGAAAAAUGCCAUUGUGGACAGUGUGGGUAUGGAGGAGCAGGAGAGGGAGCGGAGGAGACAAGUGGUGGAGAAGUUUCAGAAGGCCCCCUUCGAGGAAAUAGCUGCCCACUGCGGUGCCAGGGCCACUCUACUGCAGAGCAAACUAAAUCAGAUCUUUGAGAUUACAAUCAGACCCCCACCCAGCCCAUCUGGAACCAUUUCAUCAGGUUAUGGUCAAACUCAGAGUCGAUCUGUACCAAUCUACGAGAUGAAGUUUCCUGACCUUUGUGUUUACUAAACCAGAGAGUUAACAGCAACUUUCGGAGAACUACUGAACACAAAAGGAAUUUGGGAGAUGCAAACCGAUCUUCACUGUAAAGGCAUCUUGACCGUGGAACAACUGCAGUUGUUUGAAGCCAACUAAAGAACAAGCCACUUUAUGAUUACUUUCUGAUUAACAAGCUGGCUAAUCAAUACAUGCAGCAGUCAAAGAAACUUUUAUUUAACAUAUUCCCUUCAGUUCUCCUUAAAUGUCUGUAAAAACUCCACUGGUUGGAUUUUUAAGUCACACAUUGUCAAGAACUGUGAGGGAAAAAUGUUGUGACUAACUGAAAGUUAUCUUAUUGGCUUUAGAAUGAAUUGACCUGUUGCAUGUCCUGUAACUGCUAAUUCUUUGACAUUCUUAUGUCCCUUACAGGGUGCCAUACUACCCUUGAUAACAAAAUUAGUCCAAUCAUUCCUGUUUUCUCAUGACAUUUAAAUUGUUUUUUUUUUUUUAGGCCAGGAAGGGUGUAUGUGAGUUAGAUGCAUUUUAAUUUACUUUACAGCGUAUUGUUGUGUAUGUUUGACUGAAAUAUGGAUCGAUAUAUUCAAAUAUAAAACUAUUCCUCGCCAUCUCCCACGAUACUCAGCUCGUGAGCAUCUGUCCUCAGUGUUUUAACGCUUCACCGCUUUUUAUUUUGCCUUUUUAGCAUUAGCCAAAAGUGCUUUUUCUUUCAUGACGGGCAUUUAUUUCCUGCACCUACUUUUUAUUUUACUUAUUAUUUUUUAUGUUUUUAGCUGUGGUUUAAAUGAAAGAUUUAUCUGCUGAUCUGUGUGCUGUCCUCCAAAGUGAGUGUGCCUUAGUGGUGACUCAAGUUCAAACAUACACAAUGCGCCACAGUUGUGGCCACACCAAACGUCUGAAGAUCUGACGUGUUUACCAGAUCAAACACUAGAAUAAUAACUAAGGAUCCUUUAUUUUUCUCCCUCCCAUAUAAAUGUGUAUAUACAGAGAAAUAUAUAAAUCUUUAAGCUGAUGUACAGAGUAGGGAUGUUCUUGUGUUUGUAUAUAUACUGUAUAUUAAUUCUAAUUUUUGACUGCCACUGCACUGACUGUGUCCAUAGAUAAGAAAGAAAGCUACUUAGUUAGUAUUCAGUUGUACUUUUUGUUAGGAUCUCAAAUAUGUAACCAGCAACACAUGAAUUGAUGAGGGUCUGAACAGCCCACAGGAGAAAUCUGCAUCAUCUCGAGGCCAGUGGAUCACACUAGUGAAGUAUUAAUGAGCCCAUCUGAUAAAAUCUUGCUAGAAAAACAGGUUUAAAAGUUAUUUUCUGUUUUUGAGUCAGGUUUUAGCAGUCAUCCUGACCUGCAUUGUCACCAUUACAUCCUGAGUCCUGCUGCACUCUAUUUUUACGCCAUAACUGCUACUGCGGCAGCCUCCCAGCAUUUUUUUUUUUCACACAGCAAGAUUUAAGUCUAAAAGCCAUUUUGUGUGUUCACAAACACACACACAGGUAUUAAAAAAAAAAAGAAACAAAGUAUAAUGGCAAUAAUUUGGCACUAGCCUGGCUAACACGGCCCCAACUGUAGGUAGCAGAUCCUUUCGUGUGACUUUAAAUCGUACCUUCUGUUGUUGUGGUGCUGUGAUGGUUCAGUUUUGUGUCGUUUUAAGAGACUGCCCCUCCCACUCCUGCGCUUCUAUGAACUUAACUGCAUCGGGCGUGGCACUUGUUGCAACCGUCUUGUUUGUUGUGAACAAUGGUGUCCGGCUUGUUCUCGAUUGUCAUUUGUUACCGUCCAGUUGGCUCUGUUUGUUUUAUUAUUAUUAUUAAUAUUUUUUACAGCGUGUUGUCUCAUGUAUAUUUAUGUCCACACAUGCCAGUGUAUCAGAUCGUCUGAUCAUGUUUACCCCUCUGUCAGUGCAAAUGUGUUUGUGUGCGAGUGAUUGUAUACGUUGGCGUCUGUGUAUGAACAUCCAUGCAGAUGGAUGUCUUUAUCCUCAUUACCCAAGACCAAACUCAUCAGACACAGUUUACAGUUUUUGUCCAGUGACUCUUUCCACCACGUUAAUGAAGAACAAGCUACGAGCAUUGUGCAGCUGUCUAAACCUUCCAGUGACACCGUGUAAAGUCUUUUCCGCAUCUUGCAACUUCGCAGUGAGGACCUGUAAAUCUAUCGAGUCUGCUUGUUGUCAUUGCAUAGUGCAUAUUAACAGACGGUAAUCCAAUCUUACUUUUGUCAUUACAUGUCUGGUUAAUAGAUCUGUUUACAAUGUAGUGCUGUAGGUCAAAUCUAUUCAUUCUGUGAACUUUGCACUUUAAAAACUGGAUUACCUAGUGACAAAGGCAGCUUUUACAUGGAGAAAAUGCCUUAUGAGUGUCAUACCUGACUUUGCAUGCUAGUGAUGUUGCUGUGUUGUACAAUAAAUUUGUCUGUAAACAUAAAA